AUGUCGACAUCGGUCCCUGUCAAGAAGGCACUGAGUGCUCUUUUACGCGAUCCUGGAAAUACCCACUGUGCGGAUUGUAAGGCACAACUGCAUCCACGCUGGGCCUCCUGGUCACUUGGUGUUUUCAUCUGCAUCAAGUGUGCAGGUAUACAUAGAUCCUUGGGGACACAUAUCUCAAAAGUGAAGUCUGUGGAUCUGGAUACAUGGAAGGAGGAGCAUUUGACGAAACUGAUUCAAUUCAAAAAUAAUUCAAGGGCGAACUCGUACUAUGAAGCCAAUUUGGCAGACGACUUGAAGCGAAGAAAGAUCACUGACACGAGCAGUUUACAGAAUUUCAUCAAGAAUAAAUACGAGUAUAAGAAGUGGAUUGGCGACUUGUCAAGCAUCGUCAACGGGUCGGGCGAUGCUACUCUGCAUAAAUCAUCCACUAAUCAAUCUUCUGUCUCGAACGCGAGCUUGAAUUCAAGUUCAAACUCACUACAAAGGACGCAGACACAACCGUCCCCUUCUUUGUUGAAAACCUCGCAGAGUAAUACCAGUUUACUGAACUUGCAGGUUUCAUCUCUUUCCAAGACCACUUCUAAUACGAGUGACGCUAGUGACACUACAAGCAUAGCUGCCACUAGUAACAAAGCCUAUCACAGGGCUAAUGAAAUUGGGCAAAGGAGCGACUUGAAGAAAUCUAUCUUAUCAUUAUACUCUAAACCUUCGACUCAGACUCAAAGCCAGAGCUCGUUCUUCAAUACCACGAUACCUCAGCCAUCUCCAACUCCAACUCCGUCGCCAUUAGUUAGUCCUGGAAUUAUUGGUACCGGUAACAAUAACGCCAACUCGAACUCCAAUUCUAAUGUUUCGUUGGACGAUAACGAAUUGUUCAAGAACGUUUGGACCUGA